CCCCUCCCUCAACCCUACAAAACGCUUCAAAGAGACACCCCGCGAGGUGUUUGGUCGCGUCUUACAGACACGUACCGGACACGGAUACACGGACACGACAACAUAUCCUGGCAGAAUGCCCACAAUACGAGGAGCACCGCUACCUACUCCGUGACGCAUCCCGCGGCCUCUCGCUCCCGGUUCUAUUGGGAACGAAGAAGGGGAUCGCAGCCCUCACGGAAUUCAUAGCGGCAUCCGGCGCAUUCACCAAAACCGGUGCACCCCGUGCACCUCCAUCACUCCCUACCUGGGAGCAGGAACCCGAGGUACGACAGGACGACGAGAACGGCGAGGAUGGAUAGGAGGCCCGGCAGCCCAACCCCGUGCUUAGGUACCUUUCCCCGUCCCUUAUCACCCUUUUUCUUGUUCGUUUGCGAUACCCCGAGACACACGACACAUGCACAGAGUGCUUUUACCUAUUAUAUCACCAUUCAGCUCAACCACAGUAUCGCGACGGACAGCAGUACGAGCAGCAGCCUCGGGACUUGUAGAUUAUCACCACGGGUAUGCGAAGGGCCCUGCCGGGCUUCCGGAUGGAGGGAGUUCUGGCGGAGGACCGCGUCUUAGCUUCACCUUAGCUUGUAGCGGUAUAGAAGUGCAGAGUUU